CACACUAGUCUACGCUGUGAGCUCUGUGAGGGAGGAUCUCGUCUCCACGCUCUAGUGUGGCUUGUGAGUGGUGCCUACUUGGGUGGGACCUCCCCUCCCCUUGUUGGCUGGGGUCCUGCUGUAGUUCAGAAAAUAAAACGGAUAACUUUUGUAUCAGUGAGUGUUGCCAUGUGGAGUUAGUGCCGUGACACCCUUGGAUACAGCAAGAUACGUUUAGGUGCUGCUAUGAUAAGUGGUCGUAAAUAUGCUGAAACACGUGACGUAUCGCUCCACCUCGUCCUUGGGUCGAGUAUCUUCCGACCACCUCACCUGCCGAGGCUCAAGUGUCAGCCCGGAUACCAUGAGCCUGAAGGGUGAGCUUCCCUCCUCGCCCCAGUUGUCCCUCAAGGGGGGCAACAACAACCUCAUGUCCUCGGAUACCAUGUCCUUGAAGGAUGAGCCUCUGUCGGACACUCUGUCCCUCAAGAGUAACCUCAACCUCAAGAACUACCACUCCCCCGACACUAUCAGCCUCCACUCCACCUUGAGCUUCUCCUCGCUGGCGGCUGGGAGGCUGUCGUCGAGGUGUUCCUCCACCAACUCCCUCAACGAGCAACACACGACGGCGGUGAAGAUACACUUGAGGUCACUACGGCCAGACAUUGAGUACAAGACGAUGAGUUUGUCGUCGUCCACCACGUGUCGUCAGUUGAUCCUGAUGCUCUUGGCCAAGUUCCGCCUCCGACACCGUGACCCCAACCUGUUCUUCAUCACGAUGGAGGUGGUGGUGAGGGCCCCUGGAGGAGGAGCCCCCGCCCGUCGCUUGCUGGAGUUGGAGGACCACGCCUGCCCCGCCGAGCUACAGCAGUGCCGCCCACGAGGGGAGGCGCGCUUCAGUGUGGGCUUGCGUCGUGGUGGUCUGCUGCGUGUGUACGACUCCAUCCUCAUGCCCGGGUCGCAGUACAAGUCGCUGCUGGUGUCGUACCGCACGACGGCUGAGGAACUGGUACAGCUGCUGCUCAACUGUUACAGCAACAAGGAGAACCCCAAACACUACACGGUACACGAGGUGAACAAGAGCCCGUACAGCGACCGUCCACUGCGGCCAGACGAGUGUCCGCUGUUAGUGGAGAGCGAGUGGCCGAGAGCUGCCAGAGCCAACCUGGCCCUCGUCCUCCGCCGUAACGUCUCCUACGCCCUCAGUCUCAAGUCCAGAAUGUCAUGGCGGCGGAGUCUGGAUCAGUCGAGUACAGACACCGAGUCAGAACACGAGGAACACAACACCACCAUCGGCAGCCUUAUCUCAGCCUCCAGUGUGUCCUCAGCCCUCAGCAUCUCCUCACACGGCAGUUUAUCCUCCACCAACAGUGUCUCCUCCACCGGGAGUUGUUCCUCCAACGCCAGUGUCUCCUCUGAUGUCUCGUCUUCUUCAGGAGUCUCGUCGUCAGCCUCUCCCGUAGCGUCGCCAGUGCCCUCUCCUACCAAGACAGCUCCUCGACCCAGUAUUACUCAACCUUCAGAGACCAAAGUCACAUCAAAACCUCCCAUAUGUUCAGUCAUCACCUCUAAACCUCCUCCAGCCUCCUCGCCCUCGAAAACCUCCUCCUCGACUUCAUCCACAAGAACCACCAACACGGCGCCAGUACCAGUGCCAAGAACAAUACUCAACACCGCGUCCACCAUGAAGAGUAAAUCCUUGCCGGUGUUGACGAGUCCAGAGAACCACACCAACUGUCCACCGUGUUGCUCUACAAACAAUACCAAAACAACCCCUUCCUCCACGACAACCCCCUCCUCCACGACAACUCCUUCAUCCACGACAACCCCUCCUCCACGA